CAUUGAACCAGAUCAAACCGACAUCAGCCUCCAACCUGGUCAUUUUUUUUUCCCUUUCCCCAUCCAUCCAUUUUCCUUAAUCAUCAUCCCUACCUACCCUAGGUACCCUUCUGACCUACCUGCUAGUGUCAUCGUUGUUUUCUUUCUACAUAACAAAGACCACACACACACACACAACAUUGAAGGCACUGGAAUCCAAUCUUGCGCGACCAUUAACUACUACCUACGCUUUUUAAGCACCUACGCUUUUUAAGCAUUGUGCAUCGUCGCGCACCAUUCAUAUUCUAUUCAUUCCACGUCGCCUAAGCUUCUUUUUAUUAUUUCCCAUUUCUUUUAUUGCAUCUUUGCAUUUCUUUAAUUUCCCAACUACAUUCUUUUUCUUUUCUUAUACCUAUUGCUACCCAGGAUACCUACCUACAUUAGGUAUUGUACCUACCAGGUCCCAUCCACGUUACGUAUUGGGCUUGUCGAUAACGCGACGGACCUUCGCCCGUCCCGCCGUCUUCUCAUCCGUCUCAUACCCGUGACGUUCCCUCAUCCCUCAUUUUUAUCAUCAAAUUGCCCUCCGUUUUCUAUUGCUCUAUCGGCGCGGCUACGCGCAUCAGACCAAUUCCAAAAUGGGUCGCCCGUUGUGGAAAGAACCCGUUGAAUCGGAUGUUCGUUCGAAAUCGCCCACCAAAUCGACGGCGAAUCCCGCAACAGCCCGAUCCCCGAUUCGUCGUCCACCGUCGCCGCGCUCGUCUACUGCCUCUGGCCGACGCCGUCAGAUCCGUGAAAUUCGCGAGCAGCGCCUGCGCAUGCUUACAUCGUCACGCGAUUCUGGUUCCAACUCUUCUAGCUUGCCGUUUCCUAGAUUUACUCCUAGAUCUAUUGACCGCACAGAAGCUGUUGCACCUCCUACUCUGACCCCAGAACCCGAAGUUCAAGCCUUCUGGGCUAGUCUUGGCAUUGCUGGUUGGCAAGAUUCAACAGAUCGAGUUCUGACACCCGAGGAACAAGAAGCCCGAGAGCAAGUUGCGCGUAAUGAAUAUAUCGGAUCCAAUCGUCUUCUUCGACACCUCCUCGAGUCUGACCGCCAAGGUGAUGAUUCACGUAUUGAUGUUGUUCGGAAUCGAGGUAGACGUCAGGGAGAUGUUCGACGGCGCGCAUCACAGGAUAUAUAUGAUGCGCUUACGGAAUAUCGUCGUCAUUUUGACGCUGCCCGUCGCCGCCCAGUGUUCCGCUUAGAGAGAGAAACACCAAUACAACCAGGCCCAGCUGACCACGAUGGAUUAGAUGGAUUGGGUGACCGUGAUCGUAGCCUGAGCCCUGAUGCAGUUGGAAUAUGGGAUACGUUGCAAACGACCGUUACGCCUGAUCACCAGCCACCUAGCCUCGGCUCCUCUUUUGCAUCAACUAGUGCUUCCGCCACAGCAUCACGGAACGCCGUACCCCGUUCUUCAAGCACCCCAAUCACGACCCCAGGCAACGAAACAGAGCCCCCUUGCGACCCGGAUGAUGAAGCGGAUGGUCCUGCCCAAGGUAGUGACGAUGGCCAAGUUCAUCGUGAGGGGAGCUCGAUACGACCUGCAGUCAUAAUUGAACGGCCCUUGGUAGAUGUGAUGGCCCAAGAAGAUGUUGCCGCUGGCAGGGUGCCCGAAGACCCUGAGUGGCUAACUGGUAUGCAUCGAAUUGUCAGCCGUCUUGCUUCUCGAGAAGAUAUUCCUGACGAAUGGUGGGCAGAGGCCGGCCUUUACCGCACUCUCAACCAGGGUUACCCGUGGGAUUCACCGUGAGAGAACAACAGAUUCAAUUUCAAGUGCAGUGGUGGACUGUCUCGGUUGCGUUACGGAAAGGAAAAGGAGUUUUAUGGUAUUCGUUUCUCGGGCUCGGAAUCGGAUUUUAUGGAAAAUUGGGGAGUGAGUCGCGGACACGAAAGCGAUCGGCGAUGCCUUCCAGGCAAGGGGCGUUUUCGGUUGCAUCCACUUGUACAUUAUCGAACUCUUCUGCGUGGCUUAUGGUCUCUACUGAGCCUAUGAAGAAGCCUAGACCAGAAGACUGGAGAGGCUGAACAUGUUCAAGCCAACCUAGGGUACAUGCCCAGGGUACCUACAUAGGUAGUGAGGGGCGCAGACCACUCCAUAGUGGUUUUGGUUUUGGACCUUUCGCAACUGAAUUGACCUAUAGUUGCACGUUUAAUCCGUGAUUUUCAAUGAAGUUUUUCGUUCUUCAAGUGUGAUGUAUUUUGGAACCUUUACAACUGCUGUACAUGUAGUAUUUGAACGUUGGAGCUGCUACCUAG